AUGCUGCGGGGCUACUGGACCAUCGCGCUCGAUGCCAAGGCGCCGUACGCCGCGCACGCCGAGCGCCAUGUUUUCUUCUGGCCACUCUACAGCGCUACUCUCGAGACGCCGCGCUACAGCUGCCUCGGCUUUCACCGCGGCUACGUCUUCUUUGCCACGUUCCUCCUCCAGUUUGCGACCGGCUCCAUCUACGCCAUCUACUCGGUGUCGGGGCCCAUCAACGUAUACUUUGGCUUUCCGGAGGAUAGCAGCAACGCAUCGAACGCUGUUGUGAUCUCGGGCAUCCUCGGCAUCCUUGCGCAAGCGCUCCUCGGACCGCUGGUCGAGCGCAAAGGGCCGCGCUUGAGCCUUGGCGUUAGCACCGGCCUUAUGGUCGUUGGGCUCUUGACGGCACAGAUCGCGACCGUGCUCCACAUGUGGGCCCUCCUCAAUAUCGGGGUCGCGUUCGUAGCCGUUGCGUUUGGUGCCAUCAUGCUCGCAUCCAUCUCGACCGCGCUCAAGUGGGCACCGGACGCCCGCGGGACUGUCACUGGCGUCUGUCUCUUUGGCUUUGGCCUUGGCAAACACGUUUGGGGUCUGCUCUUCGAGUCGCUCCUCGAUGGCACGGACGCGACGUUCCAGUACCUCUUUUGGGUCCUCCUCGCGGUGCUUCUCUCGACGCUCUCGCUGGCGACGCUCAUCAUUCGCCUGCCGCCAAGAGACUUUAGCGUCCGCGGCCACGACAUGCACUGCAUCCCGUGCGCCAAGGCCCCGAGCGCGAGCCUCGUCCAAGAUGAGUUUCUGCACGUGGGCAUGACGCUCGUCAACUACAAGGCGAUUGCGCGGCACAGCAGCUCGCUCGUCGAGGGCACGGACCGUCGGUACCACGAGCAAGUCAAGGCUCUGUCGCUGCUGCAGUGCAUCUUCUCGACCGACUUUGCGUUUCUCCUCCUCGCGCUCAUCUCCAACUCGACCGUGGGCUUGUUUUACAACGAGAUGACCGCCAUCCAAGUCCGCUCGGACCUCCUCAGCGACGUGUACCACAUCUCGGAUGCGGCCGCCGACGCCGUUCGGCUCCGUGGUGUGGCUGCCGACCUCGCGGGCCGGCUCGUGAUGCCGAUCCUCUCGGACAUUUGCAUCCGGCUGCUGUACGGCAACCCGGCGUUCGUUCGGAAAGGCUGCUUCUUGUCUACGUUUCGUCCAAUCAGAUGA